GAUAAGAGCCGUGAGCCGGAUCCGGCUCCACUGGAGGAGAUGAGGACCUGCACACUCCCACUCAGCCCCGAGAAACGCUCCCUGAAGGGUCUCGCUCAGCGCUCGACGUGCUCGAAACGAGAGGAGUGCGAGGAGGAAUCAUUAAAACGGUUCCCUUCUGCACAGAACUCCUGCUCUUCAGCACCGGCAGGGACGGCCGCUGCUCGAUGACCUUUUUCACAGCAGCCAUUUGACAGAACUGACACGAAAUGCUGUUUUUUUUUAUGCAAUAUUUUUUUUUACACAUGAACAAUUGCCGCGUCCCGUUUAGUUGCUCCAUCUCCUGGACCGCUCGCUUGGCUUCUGGGAGACGCACGUUAUUAAUUAAUGCAGCUCUGCUGUGCACAAGCCUGCUCGGGUUUUGUUCCAGUGGAUGUGGUUUGAAAAAUCACCUUCAUUAAAAAUUCUGCAUCAAAUAUGAAAAAGCAACAUAAUCAGACUGUUAUGAUGACCUUCAGCUGCUGGUCAGAAACAUGUAGAGGUGCGUUGACCUGAACCUCUGCUUCCAGAUCACUUACAUCACUUUUAUUUGGUUGAUGAAAUGUCAACAAGGAUGUUGAGUAUUUAUCCCCAUCCUCUUAACUGCUCAUGAGCACUUUCACAGAGCGCAGUCAGAAGGACGUCGCUGAUAUUUUUUAUUUUUUUUACCAUCUGGUCGAGUUCACCGUCAGCACAGUUCACAGAGCUCAUCCCGCCAGCAGAGCGCGUCCCUGCGCCUUGUGCACAAAGUGGGGAUGCCUCCCACCCGAGCACACGCGCACUCCCCGUUUUCCGUGAAACUGUGAAAAGGGAAAACACUGUUGUCUUUUGUGUGACACCGUCAGGACGCCCAUGCACCGAGGCGCUGCUCCAGGAUCCACGCCGCUCGCAGGACUCUGUCAGGAUGCUUCCGAACCACGCUCGCGUCGGGCACAAAGUGGCAGGAUGUUGGAUUCUGCUCUGCUUCCUUCACAUCAACUUUUGUGCUGGCAGCUCAGGAAAAGACUCGCAGGGCCAAGAUGAUUUGCACGCCUUCCACAACAAUCAGCUGGACCUGCGGGAGAUAGUGUUUGUCAUCCAGAGUCAACGCAGCUCGUUCCACGCGAGGCGGGCGGACAGACGGAGAGCGGAUCUGGCGGAGCAGGCGCGCGCUCUCGCAGAGGAGCCGCCGGUGGUUCUGCUCCUUCACACUUUAUCAGACAAUGAGGGAGAUUGGAGCAUCCUCCCUCUGCUGCCUCACUUAUCGAGCUCUUUUGGGAGAAACUCUUCUUGGAUUGUGUUUCUUGAAGAGGAAACAAAUGUGAAGAUGACAAAGCUUGUUCAAGUCCUUGGGAAAUUUGACAAGAACAAAGAGUGGUUUCUGGGGAAGCCCCUUCAUGACGACGAGUCCACCAUCAUCCAUCACUACGCCUUUGCAGAGAACCCCUCUGCCUUCAAGUACCCAGACUUUGCUGCUGCGUGGGCCCUAAGCCUCCCGCUGGUUGUCCGUCUUGCCAACAAAGUGAGAAAUGAGCCACUCAAGUCUGACUUCACCAUUGACCUGAAACAUGAGGUCGCCCUGUAUAUCUGGGACAAUGGGAAGGGGCCGCAUCUCACCGCUGUUCCCGAGCUGUGCACGGCGCCGCAGGGCUCCGCCCCGGCCCAGCACUGUGCCACCACCGUGGGCAGUGAGCUGCCCGCGUGCGGGGAGGCUGUAAAUACAGAAGAUAUAUUUGUUGCUGUGAAAACGUGUAGGAAGUUUCACAGUGAAAGAGUUCCAGUCAUAAAGAAGACUUGGGAAAAGGAUGCCUUAUUUUUAGAGUACUACAGUGACUACGCUGAUCCUUCAAUACCCACCAUUAAUCUGGGAGUACCCAACACCGAACGAGGUCACUGUGGGAAAACAUUUGCAAUCCUGCAAAGGUUUCUAAGCAGCGCCGUCCCAAGCACCAAGUGGCUGCUCAUCGUGGAUGAUGACACCCUUAUCAGCAUCCCCAGACUGGAAGUCCUGCUGAGCUGCUACGACCCCUCUGAGCCCGUGUGUCUCGGGGAGCGCUACGGCUACGGCUUGAACCAGGGCGGCUACAGCUACAUCACCGGGGGUGGAGGGAUGGUGUUCAGCCGGGAGGCCGUCGUGCGGCUGCUCAACAGCGGCUGCAAGUGCUACAGCAACGACGCGCCCGACGACAUGGUGCUGGGGAUGUGUCUGAACGCUCUGGGGCUGCCGGUCACGCACAGUCCGCUGUUCCACCAGGCACGCCCAGAGGACUACGCCAAAGCCCUGCUCGCUCACCAGGUGCCCAUUUCUUUCCAUAAACACUGGAACAUUGACCCCGUUGCUGUUUUCAAUAAAUGGCUUCGAGACGACCUGAGCGCGAGGCCUUCAGCUGGACUCAAUGCGAGCACUAAGACAGAGCUAUAAUGGUUUCAAGCACAAGGCCUGUAUGAAUAUGCGCAUGUGUGGAGUGUGUGCGUCUGUGUGAGUGUGUCACGCGUCCUUUGAGUCCUUCAUGGAGAUGUAAAUGUUUCUUUUUGUAUUGAUGUUGUUGUACUGUCGUGAAGAAGGGCCGCGCGAGCGUGUCUGUGUCUUAAUACUGUAUGAACGCUGUACAAUGUGCUCUAUUUUGGCAUAAAAUUAAUAUUUGAGAAUG